AUGAAGUUUGUGGUGAACAAUCAACUAAUCAUCAUUUCUGGAGAAGAAGACUUUGUGGUCAGUCACCUUUCAUCCUUCAGAUAUAUCGAGGCUGAUGAGGAUGCUUUGGAAACUUCUUUCCAAGCUCUUGAAAUAGCCAAUGCCACUUUUGUGGAGAUGAAGGACUUUGUUGGGAAAGCUUGUUCAUCUUUCACGUCUCUGAAAAGCGUAAAGUCUAGUAUUGAAGGAGGAAACCCUGAAGGUUGGGGUCAGCUUAUUGAUAUUCGUGAGAAGCAUGAUCGCUUUGGUCUGGGAUAUGUGCCUUCCGCUGCGAAAAGAGCCCGAGUCCCUGCAAAGGACAACACCCGAAGCAUCCAAGAAGUAUUCCUUAACACAGGAUUCAUCCAUGGAGAUCAGGUCAAUGCAAUUGAAGAUAGCACCGAAAACGAAGAUGAGCCAUGUUUGGAUAUGCCAGGUCUAGACACCGACAUCGUUGAGCACAAGCUGCCACUUCAGCCAGACUGCCCGCCAGUAAAACAGAAACUCCGAAGAACGAGACCAGAUAUGGCUCUGAAGAUUCGUGAAGAAGUCAAAAGACAAUUUGACGCUGGUUUUCUCGCAGUGGCGAAGUACCCACAAUGGGUAGCUAACAUUGUACCUGUGCCUAAAAAGGAUGGCAAGGUGAGGAUAAGAUAUACUGUCAAAGAUCUCCUUGGCCACGGGACAUCUGGACAAGUGGCCAAAUGCUGGGAUUCAGAUACCAACAGUUUUGUUGCUGUGAAGAUCAUUAAAAAUCAACCUGCAUACUAUCAACAGGCGUUGGUUGAAGUAACUAUUUUAACAACGCUAAAUAAGAAGUGCGAUCCUGAGGAUAAGCAUCACAUUGUUCGUAUAUUUGAUUAUUUUGUAUAUCAGCGGCAUUUGUGCAUAUGCUUUGAACUGUUGGACACAAACCUGUAUGAGCUUAUCAAAAUGAAUCAUUUUAGGGGAUUGUCACUUGGUAUUGUUCAGUUGUUCUCUAAGCAGAUUUUAUGUGGAUUGACUCUAUUAAAAGAUGCUGGCAUUAUUCAUUGUGAUCUGAAGCCAGAAAACAUUCUUUUAUGUGCGAGCACUGUGAAGCCAGCAGAAAUAAAGAUUAUUGACUUUGGAUCAGCAUGCAUGGAAAACCGCACUGUAUAUUCCUAUAUUCAGAGUCGACACUAUAGGUCUCCUGAGGUUCUUCUUGGAUAUCAAUACACAACAGCUAUUGAUAUGUGGUCCUUUAGGUGCAUAGUGGCGGAAUUAUUUCUUGGAUUACCAUUAUUCCCUGAAGCUUAUGCCAGUUUAUUCACCAACCACCGUAACUGUUACUGA